UUAAGCGCCACCUUAUGAUGCUAUAUACGCCAUCAUCCGCAUAAUUUACAUGCUCAAGCGGUAGUGUUUAAGGUUAGAAGAAAGCAAAUAUAAAUUAAACUAUGGCAGAUGUAUUAGAUAUUGAUAAUGCAGAAGAAUUUGAAGUUGACGACGAAGGCGAUCAGGGUAUCGCGCGCUUGAAGGAAAAGGCAAAGAGAAGAAAAGGUAGAGGACAUGGGGCAGAAUUAGUUUCUACUCGUGAUGACGUUGGUCAUUACGAGUCGAUGAAUGUUGUUGAGGAAGAUGAUGACGAACCUGGUCCACAAAGAUCUGUUGAAGGAUGGAUUCUUUUCAUAAACUCAGUACACGAAGAAGCACAGGAAGAUGACAUCCAAGAUAAAUUUUCAGAAUUUGGACAAAUUAAAAAUUUGCAUUUAAAUUUGGACAGAAGGACAGGGUUCCUGAAAGGAUAUGCUCUGGUUGAAUAUGAAACAUUUAAGGAAGCACAAGCAGCAAAAGAUGCUUUAAAUGGAACAGAAAUCUUGGGACAACCUAUUUCAGUUGAUUGGUGCUUUGUUAAAGGACCAAAAAAGAUAAAGAAGAGAAGUCAUAGAAGACGAUGAGAAAAUUGUAAUUAAUAGUUAAAACUUUCAUUUUCCCUAUGUAUAAUUAUUUCAACUAAGAAAGAUUGUUUUUUAUUUUACAAAAGUUGUAAAAAACAAAUAAUAAAAAAUAAUAUAGUUUGUACCGAAAGCUGAUUAACCAUGUAGUGGAAAAUCUAUCCACUUGUAAUCAUAAUAUACGAAAAUAAUAAAUUUAUAUUGAUGAAAAUAAAGGGUCAGACGUUCUAUAUCUA